AUGGAUGCUCAAUGCAGCAGUGAGAGAAAGACUAUCUCCCUGCAAAACCCGACCCAUGUAGAAGAAGUUAAGAGGGAAGCAUUGAGUGUGGGUUCUAGAAUUGUACCUCAAUAUCAAAAGGGAAGCAUGUCUAAUGAGCAUCCUGUCAAGGUUUUGGGCAAUGGUGAUUUGGUCAAGUCAAUUAGAAAUUAUGCUAAUGUUAGUAACAAUGCUGCAACAAAUUGUAGUUUUGGAAAUUUUGUACCUCAUCAGCAACCCACUAUGUCAAGUCCUAAUUUUGGGUUUGCCUUUGAAAGCAAUGAGACAUACUUUCAAGCUGGUUUGACGUUUCUACAUGGAGCAUCUCUUUUAGAAAAUUGUCACAAUGAAAUUAGCAAACAUGGGGAAAUGAGUCAAAUGAAAAUUUUUUCUACUACAGCCAAACUUUUUAAAUGUUGUGCCCAUGAAGAUGAACCUCAGCAAGAAAUGGUUGCUGCUGCUUUGGCAUAUAAAUGCAUGGAGGUAGCAUACAUGAGAGUGGUUUACUGUAAAAAUUCCAGUAUUAACAGGGAUCGACAUGAGUUACAAUCAACUCUUCAAGUGGUUUCUCAAGGUGAAUCUCCUUCAUCUUCUGCAUCCGAUGUUGAUAACCUAUACAAUCAGGCAGCAGCAGAUAGGGCUACUUUGCUUAGGGGUACUAAUACUCAUGCUGCUAUCAACCAAGUCAUAUCUGCUCGAACUCGUCCAAAUUUAAUCAUCAAAGCCAAUUUUAGGAUAUGUUUAGUAGAAAUCCAAGGAAGCCCAUGUUUAAGAAAAAGGAGCAAGAAAGAUCAAACAAGAUAA